AUGCAGUGGGCAAUCUUUGGCCUGGUCUGGGUCGCCUGGCUGCUCUACAAGCUAGCAGCCUAUUUCACUCAUCCACUACGCAACAUUCGAGGGCCUUUUUCCGCAUCGUUUAGCAAUGCACUUUAUUCUUGGAACUUCAUGAGCGGACGACAGCCAUAUCGCCAGCUCCAAAUACAUGAGAAGUACGGACCCGUUGUCCGCGUUGCUCCCAAUGAGGUGAGCUUCAACACGGCAAGCUCAUGGCGCGACAUCUACGGCCCGCGAAAGGGCGUCGGCCCUUUCAUCAAGAGCGAGUUCUACGACGGCGGCAAUUUCGCCUCCGAGUCGCUGUCCAUAGUUAGCGAGCGCGAUCCCAAGAACCACGCCGAAAUGAGAAAAUACUUGUCCAGUGCCUUUUCCGACCGCACGCUUAAAUCCCAGGAGCCCUUAGUCGCGGACUGCACUGACACGUUUAUCGAGAAACUCGGCGAAGCAGGCAAGGCCGACAGCGGCACGGACAUGACCAUGUGGUUCAACCUGACCACUUUUGACAUUAUUGGUAGUCUGGCGUUUGGCCAGGACUUUGGGGGCGUCAAGACUGGCAAGCAGCACUUUUGGGUCGCUAUCGUCACCAAAAGUCUGCGGCUUGGUGCGCUUGCAGAUUGCUUCCGACGUUUCCCUGCGCUGGCAGCUGUUUUUCAGAAAGUAUUCUCUCGCAUGAUUGACAAGCUGCUCCAAGAAAACCGAUUGCACCAAAAGUAUACGAUGGAUCUCGUUCAAACUCGUUUGUCGAACCAAUCCGAUCGACCAGACUUCUUGUCCAAGAUCAUUGAGGCUAGAGAUACGGCCAGCAUCCCAGAUGUUGCCAUCGCUGCUCAUUCGUCAGAUUUUGUGAUUGCGGGAAGCGAGACGACAGCCACCACACUCGCUUGUAUGACGUAUUACCUGCUGAAAAAUCCCGACAUCAUGUUGGAUCUGAAGCAAGAGGUCAGGGGAGCAUUUUCAAGCUACGAAAGCAUCGAUGCGGCGACUGCGGGCUCUCUCAAGUACUUGAAGGCUGUAGCUCAGGAAGCAAUGCGAAUGUACCCGCCGCUACCCUUUGCUCUGCCGCGGGUUGUUCCCGAAGGAGGCGCCACCGUUGACGGUCAUUUUUUGCCUGCCGGGACAAUUGUUUCCACAAGCCCAUUUGCGGCAUCCAUGUCUUCGGCCAACUUUAAGGAUCCAUGGCGCUUCGAUCCAAGUCGAUGGCUGCGCAAAGACUGCGCCGAUCAGACAGAAGCGAGUCAGCCGUUUUCACUUGGAUCUAGAUCGUGCAUGGGCAGAACCCUUGGCUGGAUGGAACUGCAGACAAUCAUGGCCAAGAUGAUUUAUAAAUACGACCUGGAACUGGUAGACAAGGACCUCGACUGGCACAAAGCCUCGAAAAUGCAUACGUUAUGGGAGAAGCCGGAACUCAUGGUGAGAGUGCGACCGCGGAAGUCAUAG